AUGCCUUUAAUGCAAUUGACCACCGCCGCUCGUCAUCUAUACCGUUCCCACAAGUGUCACACCCUCACAAAUUGUCGUAAUUUGCCUACUUCGUCCUGUCAGUUGGAAGAACAAGUUGUCGCGCCUCUUCAAGAGGCAGCUGCCGCCUUUUCACGGGUACUCGUACAAGUUUCAGUGAGUUUCUGCAUUCCCUACCCACCCCUUCUUAUGGUUAUUGAAAGUAGAGCUCACGACGCGCUUCAACAAGGUUUGUUUCGAUAUGUUUUGCAUCAUAUUGUUAAAUACAUGCGUGGUUCAUUGGAUUUUCUUAACAGUGCAUUGAUUUAUCAAGUCGUCAUGCAUCGUACUACGCCCUCUCCUUACGGCUCGACAUCACCACCAAUCAUGCCCAAGAAGAACUCUGGAACUACACCCUCUCGCGUCGGUUGCGUGUUCAACAAGAACUCUACCAACGUGCUCUUAUGCUCCCUGCAGCACAAAAACGUGAACGAUGGUGCUGGCGAGUAUCAGUUCUUCCCUAUACCGGAGUUCAUUCCUCUUGAUAUCACUCUUCAAGCCGCUUUAAAAUGA